AUUACAAACUCGUGUGCCACUGUUCUAGGGCAGUGUGCGGACCAAAUGCCCUUGCUUCGUUUUUGUUAUUUCAACUUUGCCCUUCAACAUUUUUGUCCGGUUCCUUUUCUUCUUUCUGCAAUGAUUCCCCAAUUUUUUUCCCACUUCUCUUGCUUCGCUUCUUCCGUAGCCGUUUGCUCUCCCCUCUCUUCGCCUCUGCUGGUCUCAAAGUGGAUAGUUUUGUGGAAAAGUUAACAAUACGAUCAAACGUUUACUGCAAAAGUUGUUGCUCGAAUUUUCCAGUUUUUAUCUGCAGCUUUGCAAGCUCUUUCUUUAUCAACAAGACUCCAAGGGGGCCAACCAAGAGUCUGCCUGUGAAACAGAAGAAUGCUUCUAGGAGAGGAGGCAUGCCAAAAGAUAGGUCUUGCGGAGAUUCAGCCAAUGAGGUUCGGAUGACUGAGCUCCGGAAGAAGAUCACCAUCUUUAGAGGCAUCAUCGACCUACCAGCAUGUGAUGCUUCUGCUGCAAUAACUGAGAUGGUAAUGAGGUUGAUGGGAGAUCUACAGAAGCUUUUCCCUGAAAUUGUGCUGCAUAAACAAUUGUCGGAGAUAAAGGAAGCAUGUACAGAGAAGGUCAUGGCCUCCUUCUGCAAGGCAUUGAAAUCUAUUGGAGAGUCUUGGAUGACAAGUUAUGACAGGUUGGACAAACCGAGAUAUGAUUUCCCAUCACCCAAGGAGAAUGUCAAUCAGGAUGAACUCGUUGAGACGGUGCUGGAAACGUUUGAUUGCUUGAUGAAGAUGGCACUGGACAAGUUUGAUAUGAUGGAUGAGGAUGGCCAGAAAAGAGAAGAUUACAGCCCUCGGAAUUGCUCAUUUGGGAAGUUCUUGAGCGAUUCGGAGAGCUACGCCUCAGGUUCCACCUGUCCUUCUCCGAUCACUCCAUCUUCUGUCCUACCCGAGAUUGAUGGUUCUCCGAGAGCACGAAAGAAGGCCAACAUUGGUUCCAAAUCACCAUUACUUUGGACUCUGAGAGUGCAAGCAGUUGGGAAGCUAAAUCCGAUUGAUGUUAAGAACUUGUCUCUUCACUUAUCAAAACAAGGAGCUCAUGGUACCAACAAUGGCCUGGACAAGAUUGAAAAUUUGUUUGAAGACCCACCAAUUGGGACAGAAUUAGAGAGCAACCCUCAAAAGACAAUUGCAGCAACAGAUGAGAUGAGGAAGUAGUAGCCCCAAAUCUUAGUUUGGAUGAGAAGUCUAGUGGACAGGGUAUCGACAACACAAGUGAUGAUGUUGAAACUCCAACCACGGCCUCUGAAGCAUUGGAAGCAGACAC